AUGUUGGGAAAAAAACGGAUCUGCCAUUCCUACUCCCCAGUUAUGUCAUCCCUGACCUAUGAUUCCAUCCUAGUUUUCGCCGCCCAUGGUUCCGAGAGACCCAAUUUAUACAUAAUGAGCACCUCACCCCUUUCUUUCCUUGUAGUUGGAGUUGGGCAAGAUUUCACUUGUAAAUGGAUUGGCUUUAGAUGCGAGAUACGGCUCAUAACCACUGCUUGUGAACAGCUUGACUCCUGCUUUCCCGGCUACAGUACAGAUUGUGCCAAAGACAGCUCGCUCCUGCUCAAAAAUCACACAAUAAGCCAAGGCAAGGCGGCCAGUUCUAAUCUAGCUAUUUCAAAACAAAUUCUCAUCUCAGGAAGACAGAUCGAACUAUUACAGAUAGAACAGAUAGAUUGGUGUAGGCUCUAA